CAGCGAUGGGCAGCGGCGGGCGGCGGCUGCUGCUGGCACUGCUGGCGGCGACUUCGCUGCUGUGCGUGCCGGGGCAGGGCCAGCCCCGAGGCCUGUUUCCUGCCAUUUUGAACCUGGCCAGCAAUGCUCACAUCUCCACCAAUGCCACCUGUGGAGAGAAGGGACCGGAGAUGUUCUGCAAGCUGGUGGAGCACGUCCCCGGACGGCCCCUGCGCAACGCCCAGUGCCGCGUCUGUGACAGCCACAGUGCCAAUCCCAAAGAGCAGCACCCAAUUUCCAGUGCAAUCGAUGGUACCAAUAACUGGUGGCAGAGUCCCAGCAUUCAGAAUGGAAGGCAAUACCACUGGGUGACCAUUACCUUGGAUUUAAGGCAGGUCUUUCAAGUUGCAUAUGUCAUCAUCAAAGCUGCUAAUGCUCCACGACCUGGAAACUGGAUUUUGGAACGCUCCAUAGAUGGCACGGAGUUCAGGCCAUGGCAGUACUAUGCAAUUAGUGAUACCGAAUGUUUAACUCGUUACAACAUCACACCAAGAAUUGGGCCCCCAACUUACAAGAGGGAUGAUGAAGUGAUCUGCACCUCCUAUUAUUCCAGACUAGUUCCCCUGGAACAUGGAGAGAUUCACACCUCACUGAUCAAUGGUAGGCCUAGUGCUGAUGACCCUUCACAGAAGCUGUUGGAAUUUACUUCUGCACGAUACAUUCGCCUGCGACUGCAGCGUAUUAGAACUCUGAAUGCUGACCUCAUGACUCUCAGCCAUAAUGAUCCUAAGGAGCUAGACCCCAUUGUUACCAGAAGGUACUACUAUUCAAUAAAGGACAUCUCUGUUGGUGGCAUGUGUAUUUGUUAUGGCCAUGCUCGAAGCUGCCCUUUGGAUGAAAUCACAAAGAAAUUGCAGUGCCAGUGUGAACACAACACAUGUGGAGAGAGCUGUAACAAGUGCUGUCCAGGCUACCACCAGAAACCAUGGAGACCAGGGACCCUUUCUGCUGGGAACAAAUGCGAGAAAUGUAACUGUCAUAACAAAGCAGAAGAUUGUUAUUACAACCAGAGUAUUGCAGAUCAGAAAAGGAGCAUGGAUAUUCAUGGCCAGUUUAUAGGAGGUGGUGUGUGUUUAAACUGUACUCAACAUACUACUGGGAUCAACUGUGAAAUGUGUGCUGAUGGAUAUUUUAGACCACAAGAAGUUUCUCCCUAUGAGGAUCACCCCUGCUAUCCCUGUGACUGUGACCCCUUUGGCUCUCUGAGUUCUGUCUGUGUUAAAGAUGAGCACCAUUCUGACUCCCAGCGUGGCACUUGGCCAGGCCAGUGUCAGUGCAGGGAAGGUUAUGCAGGAGAGAAGUGUGAUCGCUGUGCGUUUGGGUAUCGGGGCUACCCGAACUGCCUGCGUUGUAACUGCAGCCUGGCUGGGAGCAUCAAUGAAGAUCCAUGCACGGAGCCUUGUCUUUGCAAAAAAAAUGUAGAAGGUGAAAACUGUGAUCUCUGUAAACCAGGAUUCUACAAUUUGCAAGAAAGAAAUCCUCAGGGCUGCACAGAGUGUUUUUGCUUUGGUGUUUCUGAUGUCUGUGACAGUCUUACAUGGCCCAUCAGUCAGAUUUCAGACAUGACUGGAUGGCUUGUUACUGAUCUGUACAAGGCAAGGAGUGUGCAGCCUCAGCGAAGCCAAUUUGAUGGACCCCAUCAAAUAAGCAUUAACAACACUGAGGCUGUGAAAGUACUGAAAAAUACUUAUUACUGGUCAGCACCUGAGGCAUAUCUAGGAAAUAAACUCACAGCUUUUAGUGGAGACUUGAAGUAUACAGUAUCUUACGACAUUCCAAUGGAAAGUGUGGACAGUGAUAUAGUGUCUAGUGUGGAUGUCAUCAUUCAGGGUAACGGGCAUAUUCUGAGCACAAGAGCAGCAGGCUUGUCAUUACAGCCAUAUGAGGAGUAUUCUAAUUCAGUGAGACUUGUAGCAGACAAUUUCAUAGAGUUUAAUACAAAAAAGGCAAUAGACCGAGAAAUGCUGAUGACUGUUCUGGCAAAUGUGACCCAUCUUCUCAUCAGAGCCAAUUACAACAUUGCCAAAAAAGCUGUGUACAGGCUGGACUCUGUGACCCUGGAUACUGCAAGUGCAAAUGUUAUAGAUCUUUCUUCAGCUCCAGAUGUGGAAUUCUGUGAAUGUCCUCAGGGUUACACAGGAUUAUCCUGCGAGUCGUGUCUGCCUGGGUACUACCGUGUGGAUGGAAUACUCUUUGGGGGCAUUUGUCAGCCCUGCAAGUGCAAUGGGCAUGCAACUGAGUGUGACAUUCACGGUGUUUGCUUUGCUUGUCAACACAACACAACAGGACCUUUCUGUGAUCAGUGCUUGCCUGGCUUCUAUGGAAAUCCAUCCCAAGGAACAUCUGCGGACUGCCGGCCCUGUGCAUGUCCUCUGAGUUCUGCUGCAAACAAUUUCAGUCCCACUUGCCAGCUGAGUGAAGAAGGUGGAAUUGUCUGUGACAAAUGUCUUCCAGGCUAUACUGGUUCUCAGUGUGAAAGGUGUGCUAAUGGUUACUAUGGGAAUCCUCUUAUGGCUGGACAGUCGUGUGCUCCUUGUGAAUGCAAUGGCAAUGUAGACCCUCAAGAAGAGGGCCACUGUGAUCCCUUCACAGGACAGUGCCUGAAAUGUCUGGGGAACACAGCAGGUCACCACUGUGAAAAGUGUGCUGAUGGCUAUUAUGGGGAUGCGGUGAUUGACAAAAACUGUCAUGCCUGUGCCUGCCACGUGAAUGGCUCCCUUUCAAGUACUUGUCACCAUGAGACAGGUGUCUGCUCCUGCAAAUCAAAUGUAUUUGGAGAAAGAUGUGAUAAAUGCUUGAAUGGGUAUUAUGGGCUGCUUACUGGGCUUGGCUGUGUUCCCUGCAACUGCAGUCAGUUUGGCUCGGUGUCUGAAGACUGCAGUGAUCAGGGGCAGUGUCACUGUGUGCCAGGAGUGGCUGGAGAGAAGUGUGACCGCUGUGCUCAUGGCUUUUACGCAUUCCAGGAUGGUGGCUGCACACCCUGUGACUGUGCCCAUACUCAGAACAACUGUAAUGCUGAUUCUGGCCAAUGCAUUUGUCCCCCUCACACUCAGGGACAGAAGUGUGAACUCUGUGAAGAAAAUUACUGGGGACUCUCUCCUAAACUUGGUUGCAAGGCUUGCAACUGUAGCAGCGCUGGUUCAGCCAGUCCCCAGUGCGAUGUGUUGACAGGCCAAUGCCAGUGCAAAACUGAAUUUGGAGGGCGAGACUGUUCCAGGUGUGCCUUGGGCCACAGGGACUACCCAGACUGUGUUGCCUGUGACUGUGAUUUGAGUGGAACCAAAGCAGAGACGUGUAAUGGCACCGAAGGAGUUUGUGGUUGUGAAGAAGAAACUGGUGUCUGCACCUGCAAGGAAAAUGUUUUUGGUCUACAAUGCAGUGAGUGUAAACCUGGAACUUUUGGUCUGUCUGCUAACAAUGCACUAGGAUGUACUCCAUGCUUCUGUUUUGGGAUGUCCACAUCUUGUUCAGAACUAGAAGACCAUGUGAGAAUUCCUAUAACAUUAACUCCAGAUCAGGCUAUUCUGCAUGUAGUAGCCCAGAGUAACCUGACUGGAACAGUGGAAGGAGUAUUUUCACAAUUUCCUGAUGUUUUAUUGGAUGCUGCCAUAGUCAGAAAAUACUUAAAUACAGAAACAUUUUACUGGAAGUUGCCAGAGCAGUUUCAGGGAGACCAGCUCAUGGCCUAUGGAGGGAAGCUGAGAUAUACUGUUGCCUUUUAUGCUUUGGAUGGCUUUGGAACCUCAAAUUUUGAGCCACAGAUUCUAAUGAAAGGAGGUCAUGCCAGUAAGUUGGUCAUCUAUGUCGACAUCCCUUCUCCAGAAAAUGGAGUGAGAACUGACAAGGAAGUGGAAAUGAAGGAGGAUUCUUGGAAGUAUUUUAACUCUGUGUCUGACGAGCCUGUCGUACGUUCUGACUUCAUGUCUGUGCUCAGCAAUGUUGAAUACAUCCUUAUCAGGGCAGCUUAUGGCCAAGGAUUACAGCAAAGCAGAAUUGCAAAUAUCUCAAUGGAAAUUGCAGUCAAGUUUGAAGAAAUGCAUCUAGGCAGACCUCCAGCUUAUCUUGUAGAGCAAUGUAGGUGUCCUGCUGGUUACACUGGAUUGUCCUGCCAGAGCUGUGCUCCAGGAUACUACAGGGGGAAGCAUACAGAACUCAGUGUAAGAGAGCCUCACACUCUGAUAGCACCUUGUGUGCCAUGUCAGUGCAACAACCACAGUGAAACCUGUGAUCCUGACACAGGGAAGUGCUUGAACUGCAGAGAUUACACAGUUGGUGAUUACUGCAGUGCUUGUGCCCCAGGCUACUACGGGAAGGUAACUGGAUCUGCCAGUGACUGCUCUCCCUGUGCUUGUCCCAGAGCAAACCCUGUCAGUUUUAGUCCCACUUGUGUCCUGAAAGGUGCUCAUGAUUACCACUGUGAUGCCUGUCUCCCAGGAUAUGAAGGACAGUACUGUGAAAGGUGCUCCCCUGGCUACUAUGGUGCCCCCCAGCUCCCUGGUGGCAGCUGCCGUGUGUGCCAGUGCAAUCCGGGUGGUUCCAUUCACGGGAAUUGUGACAGUGCCACCGGGCAGUGCCUCUGCAAGCCGGGGGUGACAGGACAGCUCUGCCAGGAGUGUGAGCCCAGGCACCUUCUGCUGGAGGACGAGUGUGUCUCUUGUGAUGACAACUGCACAGGAGUUUUAUUAAACAGUUUGGACAGUCUCGAUGAGGCCAUGCUUUCAGUGAACCUCACUGGUAUUGACCGUGUGCCCUAUGGGAUAUUGUCAGAGCUGGAGAAUGCAGCACAACAUCUGAAGAGGUCUAUAGUUACUAGAGAAGACCCAACUUACUUGUUAGAUACAACAAAAGAAAAUCUUCUGAAUUUGUCAGGAGGAAUUGAUUAUUUGCAUGAAGAGACAACUAGAUUUUUGAAAAAAGCUCAGCAACUUGACACAAUGACUCAGAAAACCAGGAAUAAAAGUCAAGAACUGACUGGCUUUAUUGACACAGUGCACACAACCAUCAAAGUACUUGCUGAAGUUGCUUUAUCACUAAAUGAAACACUGGGCCUGGAUCUACCACUGUCAAAUGCUACAUCUCAGAGCCUGCAGGAUGAUAUUUCUGCCCUUUUGGAUGCACUGCGCAAGAAGGAUUUUGUUCAGCAGCACCAUAAUGCUACCACAGUCCUAAAAGCUGCAGAAAAGUUGUUGACCCAGGUUCAGAAGGAGUAUCUCAAACCCCAGCAGGAACUUACUGAACUGAUAACAAAUGCCAGCCAGUUCUUAUCAAAGCAGAACAGCAGACUGCAGGAUGCCCAGGACCUGGUGAACGAGGCACUUGCUAACAUCAAUGAGACCCAUCGCUUGUUUCCUCUCAUCUCCAGCAACUUGGCAGAGUUAAAUGACAAAAAGCUAAAAAUAAAGGAAGGUGAAGAAGUCUCGACCAUGCUCAUUAAAGAAGGGGAGGUCCUACUGAAUGAUGCUGCUACUCUUGCCCAAGAUGUAGAGAACUCUACAUUUAAUGUGGAAGUCCACCAGGAUGAGUUGGUCCUGUGGAACACCAAACUGCGACAUCACGUGGAUGAGCUGGUGAUGCAGAUGUCUGUGAGAGGAGUGCUUGACUUGGUAUACAGAGCUGAGGAACAUGCCACCCAGUUCCAAAGACUUGCAGAUGCACUUGAGAGUGACCUUUCCAGAGUAAGAAAUGUGACUCUGAACACAACUGCUGCUAUCUACACUCACUCCAGCGUUAAAAGUGUGAUUGAAAGAACAGAAAGUUUGGCAGAUGAUGCAUCCAGAGUUGUGAAUGGCCCCUUGGAUUUACCAGAGGAGUCUUUCAGUCUUCAGGGGAAAGAAACUCUACAACUUAGCUCCAAAUUUCAGAAUGAAGCUAAAAAUCUGAAGAAAAAAAGUGAUGGACUUCUAUUUGGAUUGAAUGGGUUGAACAAAAAGGUAGAAAAGAUUCAGGAAAGUACAAAUAAAAUUGGCAACCAACUUAAUGAUUCUCUGUUGACACUCAGAGCAUUGCAUAACAAUACCAGGAAAUACAUGCUUGAAGUGAAAGAGCUGGCUGUGUCUGCAAACACCAGUGCUGUGGUGGAUUUAAGUCACUUUGGGGAGUUCAGUCAAAAGCUAAUGAAUACAUCUUCUGCAUUGUCCCAAGUUAAUGACACUUUGAGGAAAACAAGCGAACUCAUAACUGAUUCAUCAAAAGCUGCAUUCACAGUUGAAAAACAAGUUAAAGAAGUUGAAGCACAAGCAAGUCUUUUAUUGGAUAGACUCAAACCUUUGAAAAUGCUUGAGGAGAACCUGAACAGAAACCUGUCUGAAAUUAAAGAACUUAUCAGCCAGGCCCGCAAGCAGGCAGCAUCUAUUAAAGUUGCAGUAUCAGCAGAGAGAGAUUGCAUUCGUGCCUAUCAACCCCAAAUUUCAUCUACAAAUUACAACACCUUAACACUCAAUGUGAAAACUGCUGAACCAGAUAACCUCCUUUUCUACUUGGGUAGCAAUGGAAAGACAGACUUCCUGGCAGUGGAGAUGCGACGUGGUAAGGUGGCUCUUCUUUGGGAUUUGGGCUCUGGACCAACAAGAGUGGAAUACCCUGAUUUUCAAAUCGACAACAACAAAUGGCACAGAAUACAUGCCACCAGGUUUGGAAAAACAGGUACCCUCAGCAUAGAGGAGAUGAACUCCAAUCAGAAGCCUUCACCUAAAUCUGGAACCUCUCUGGGGACAGCCAGCAUAUUGGAUGUUAACAAGUCAACCCUAAUGUUUAUUGGAGGACUUGGAGGGCAAAUCAAGAAAUCACCUGCUGUUAAGGUGACCCAUUUUAAAGGGUGCCUAGGAGAGGCAUCCCUGAAUGGCAAACCUAUUGGUCUUUGGAACUACAUAGAAAGAGAGGGCAAGUGCAAUGGCUGUUUUGGAAGCCCACAGGAUGAGGACACUUCAUUCCAUUUUGAUGGCAGUGGAUACUCAGUUGUGGAGAAGGCACUCCGCUCAACAGUGACUCAGAUAUUAAUAUCUUUCAGUACCUUUUCACCAAAUGGGCUUCUUCUCUAUCUUACUUCAAAUGGCACUAGAGACUUCUUGUCCCUUGAGCUUGUUGAUGGCAAAGUGAGGGUGACUGUUGAUCUUGGCUCAGGACCCCUUGUUCUUACAACAGAAAAUCGUUACAACAAUGGAACGUGGUAUAAAAUCUCAUUCAAUCGGAAUAAGAAGCAAGGAAUUUUGGCAGUCAUGGAUGCAUAUAACCUUAAUUAUAAAGAAACCAAGCAAGGAGAAUCUCCUGGGGUUGCCUCAGACCUGAACCGCUCUGAUAAGGACCCAAUCUUCAUUGGUGGGCUGCCAAGAUCGAGGGCUCUGAGGAAAGGUCUUAAUAGUAGAAUGUAUGUGGGAUGCAUCAAGAAUCUGGAAAUAUCUCGUUCCACCUUUGACUUGCUUAGAAAUUCAUAUGGAGUAAGAAAAGGCUGUGUAUUGGAGCCUAUUCACAGUGUAAGCAUCAUGAAAAAUGGAUAUAUUGAGUUGGUACCUAAAUCCCUAAGCCCAGAGUCAGAACUGAUGGCAACUUUUGCUACAAAGAACAGCAGUGGCAUCAUCCUUGCUGGGAUCAGCAGGGGACUGGAAAGGCGACAACGAAGACAAGCACACUUGCCCUUCUUUUCCAUCAUGCUGAUUGAUGGUCAUCUUGCAGUGCAUGUUAAUGCUGGAGAUAGAGCAAGUACUAGGAAAGUAGUUCUUCAGUCUGCUAAUGGAACAUACAGUGAUGGACAAGAACACUCUGUCAUCCUAAUUCGGAAUAAGAGGAUCAUAACUGUACAGGUGGAUGAAAGUAAACCUGCAGAAUUGAGGCUUGGUUCAGCAGCAGAAAAUAGCCCCAUUAAUAUUUCCAACUUCUAUGCUGGUGGCAUUCCAGCAGGAGAGGGCAUCUUGGGGCUAAAAUUGGCUGGCUCCUUUCAUGGCUGUAUCAGCAACCUUAUUUUUAACAAGGAGCUUUUAUAUUUUACCACUUCCAUGAAGUAUGAGCAUGUGGAUAUGGACAGCUGCUUUCUGUCAGAGAAGCCUAAGACAGCGGUACAGCCAUCGGACAUCAUGAACAGCCAUGACGUCAUGAUUCAACAUGAACUUCAGGCUUUACCAGUUCCCCUGAGACCUCUCACAAAAAAAGUAGUUUGUGCAAAAGAUGAGCUGCCUGAUCGUGUUCAAGGUGCCCAUCAGUUUGGACUUUCCAAAGGCAGCCACUUGACCCUGCUCUUCAAUCAGUCUGCUGUCAGGAAGAAGCUUUCCGUCCAGCUGAAUCUCAGAACCUUUGCCUCCAGUGGCCUGAUUUACUACAUGGCUCACCAAAACCAGGUUGAUUAUGCAGCCCUACAGCUUUAUGGGGGACAGCUCCAUUUCUCAUUUGAUUUAGGCAAAGGAAAAGCAGUAGCUCUUCACCCUGCUGUUGUCAGUGAUGGAAAAUGGCAUACGGUAAAGACGGAAUAUGUUAAAAGAAAAGGAACAAUCAUUGUGGAUGGACAGGAGCUGGUAGCAGUCAAUGCCCUGGGAGAUGGUAGCACCUUGGAUGUGGAAGGGAAGCUCUAUGUGGGAGGACUCCCCUUAGACUACGUGCCAAAGAAUCUUGGGAAUGUUACUCACAGUAUUCCUGCCUGCAUUGGUAGCAUGACAAUUAAUGGCAAACAACUGGACAACGAGAGUCCUGUCUCUAUCUUUGCUGUGAAUAAAUGCUAUGAAACAGUGCAGGAUGGUACCUUCUUUGAUGGAAGUGGCUUUGCUGCUCUUGUCAGGGAAGGCUACAAGGUGCGUUCUGACGUGAACAUCACGCUGGAGUUCCGCACCACGGCGGCGCACGGCGUUCUCCUGGGCGUCAGCAGCGCCAGGGUCGAUGCGGUUGGGCUGGAGAUCGUACACGGCAAGGUUUUAUUCCAUGUCAACAAUGGAGCUGGCAGGCUAACAGCUUCCUACGAACCAAGAGGCACAAAUAGCUUGUGUGAUGGGAAAUGGCACAAGCUUCAAGCAAACAAAAGCAAACAUCACAUUUCGCUGAUAAUUGAUGGGAAUUUGGUUCACACUGAUAAUCCCUACGUCCAGUCAACAUCUGCAGAUACGAACAAUCCCAUUUAUGUUGGAGGUUAUCCUGCUGAUGUCAAGCAAAACUGCCUCACAAGCAAGACUUCAUUCCGUGGCUGUUUGAGGAACCUUGUUUUGACCAAGGGCCAACAUAGAGAAUUGUUUGACUUUAGCAGAGCUUUUGACCUGCGUGGAGUAUUUCCUCAUUCCUGCCCUGGGGCUGAGCACUGAACUGUAGCAAAGCCUGUCUGGAUUGAGAGAGGGUUUGUCUUUUUUUUUUGUUGUUGAUCUGUUAUUUUGCAUUCUCAUUUCGUAAUGAAAAGAAGAACUGAUAAGAACCUGCAUCUGUUUGAUUUUUCUGGUUGUUUUCCAACUCAGGUCAUUUAUUUUUUUAAUCAGAAGCUCCACAUCUGCAUUUUAACUAAAUGGUUUUAAACAACAAAUACCUCUACAACAAUUUUAAUGGCAUUAUUUGGGUAUUUUUCUUUUGGGAAUUUUUAUUAAUCAGUGUUUACAGUAUGUUUUCUUUUGAUUACUUGACAGUAUUUCAUUUUAUUAUGUGCUGGCAGUUUUGUAAGAAGGUAA